GGGCGGCAUUCCGGGUCCUGCGCGCUCCGCUCUCUGUGUCUCCCGGUCCACGCCCAGGCUGGGGCGGACCAGACUGGCUUGUGAACUUGGGGGUUUUCCCUUUCGCUCCCAUUCGUGUUGUGGUCGUGAAUUCAUCCAGGGUCCAGAAUGACGAUCCGACACCAAGGCCAGCAGUACAGGCCGAGGAUGGCAUUUCUCCAAAAGAUUGAAGCACUUGUGAAGGACAUGCAGAACCCAGAGACGGGAGUCAGAAUGCAGAACCAGAGAGUCUUGGUCACCAGUGUCCCUCAUGCCAUGACAGGAGGUGAUGUUCUGCAAUGGAUCAUCCAGCGUCUUUGGAUCUCUAACCUGGAGGCACAGAACCUGGGCAACUUUAUUGUCAAGUAUGGCUACAUCUAUCCUUUGCAAGACCCCAAGAAUCUCAUCCUCAAGCCUGACGGCAGUCUCUACCGAUUUCAGACACCAUAUUUCUGGCCCACUCAGCAAUGGCCAGCUGAAGACACAGACUACGCCAUCUAUCUAGCUAAGCGAAAUAUCAAGAAGAAGGGGAUUUUAGAAGAAUAUGAGAAGGAAAAUUAUGAUUUCUUGAACAAGAAGAUUAAUUACAAGUGGGAUUUUGUCAUCAUGCAGGCCAAAGAACAGUACCGGACUGGAAAGGAGAGGAACAAAGCCGACAGGUACGCGCUGGAUUGCCAGGAGAAGGCAUAUUGGCUGGUGCACCGAAGCCCCCCUGGAAUGAACAACGUGUUAGACUACGGCCUGGACCGCGUGACCAAUCCAAACGAAGUUAAGAAACAAACUGUCACUGCUGUCAGAAAAGAGAUCAUGUAUUACCAACAGGCCUUAAUGAGGUCCACGGUGAAGUCUUCCGUGUCUCUUGGAGGAAUUGUCAAGUACAGUGAACAGUUCUCGUCCAAUGACGCCAUCAUGUCGGGCUGCCUUCCAAGCAAUCCUUGGAUAACAGAUGACACCCAGUUCUGGGAUUUAAAUGCCAAAUUGGUGGAGGUCCCAACCAAGAUGCGAGUGGAGCGAUGGGCCUUCAACUUCAGCGAACUGAUUCGAGACCCCAAGGGUCGGCAGAGCUUCCAGUACUUUCUCAAGAAGGAAUUCAGUGGGGAGAACCUAGGAUUCUGGGAAGCCUGUGAGGAUCUGAAGUAUGGUGAUCAGUCCAAGGUCAAGGAGAAAGCAGAGGAGAUCUACAAGCUCUUCCUGGCUCCGGGGGCGAGGCGGUGGAUCAACAUAGAUGGUAAAACCAUGGACAUCACCGUGAAGGGGCUGAGACACCCUCACCGCUACGUGCUGGAUGCAGCGCAGACUCACAUUUACAUGCUCAUGAAGAAGGAUUCUUACGCACGCUAUUUGAAAUCUCCGAUCUAUAAAGAAAUGCUGGCCAAAGCUAUCGAGCCCCAGGAAACUACCAAGAGAAGCUCCACCCUCCCGUUUAUGAGGCGUCACCUACGCUCCAGCCCAAGCCCUGUCAUUCUGCGGCAGCUGGAAGAAGAAGAGAGAGCUCGAGAAGCAGCCAACACCGUGGACAUCACCCAGGUCAUGAGCAAGCUGGACCGCAGGAGCCUACUCAAAAAGGAGCUGCCUCCUAAAUGAAUAUCUGAUUCCUGGGGUUGGAGUGGGAGUUGUGCACUUAGGAGACGCACUUACACCACCCCCAGAAAGGAUUAGCGUUUACAAGGUUCAUUCUUUGUCGGCAAAGUGUAGGGUUCAGAGGGGGCUUCCCAGAUCAAGAGCUCCUUGGCUUUAUUUUCCUAUUGCAGGUCACCAAGUUAGUGGCACUGCCUGCCCACAUUGCUUUAGGGAGUGCAUGUGUGAGAAGCAUAGGAGAAAAGACAUUGUGCUUUACCUUAUAGAGAGACUGGCCCUGCCCCCUCCUCCACGGCUACUUUUCCAGGAGUGUGUAUUUAGGGUAGCUGUGUGAAACUUCUCACCCCAUCUCUCUAGUUUAGAUGCCACAUCUGAAGCAACUUGUGAUCCCUCCACAUGCCUCUUAUAAGUCCCUUCCCUGGUCUCCCCUGCUACAUCUGCCUAGGGAGAGACUCCUUGCCUAGUGAGCUCAUUCUUAGCCAUGGUUACUUCUUUUCUUUCUUUCUAUUUUUCCAUCCCCUUGGGCAUAAUGUAUGGAUAAAUAGCUUAUAGGAAUGAAAGACUCAGGCCAGAGGAGACAAGGAGAAAUGUCCUGUUGAGGGUAUCUUUUUGGUCAAAGAAGAAAGAAAGGCACUGAUGGUUGCCACCAGGGUGAGGAUGGUGGAUAUCAGGUAUACUUCUUGCAAUUUUUUCUUGAUGUUGAAACUACCUUUCUCUAUAGCUAUAGACUAUAGCUCAGUUCGUGACUUUGAGUCCCACAAGGUUAUUUUGAAGAUAAAUACCCCCUAAUUAUGCAAAGGAAAAGGAAAUGAGUGUAAGAAGUCAGUGUUCUAAAGUAGGAACAUUCACACAUCCCACACAUAUAAUGAGUACCUACUAUGUGUUGGGCUUGGAUGAACAAAAGCAAUACCAUUCUUCUCUUAUAGAGCUUGUGGUUCAGGUCUGACAAAAGAUGUUAAACUAUCAGGUAGCCUUGGCACAGCGAUAGGCCACAAACUUGAGCAGCAUGCCGUGGUGAGCAUUUAUUGCUCAUACGGAUGGGGUCAUCUCUGUGGCCCUGUUGUUCUUGGCUUGGUUUACCCCUGUGUCUGGAGGUUGGCUUAUAGAAGCUGAUGCUGACAGGACAUGUGCCUCAUCCUCCAACAGCCCUGCCUCGGCUUAGGGUGGCAGAAUGGCAAGGGACAAAAUAGAGAUGCAUGCCUAUGGCUUCCCAUGGUCUCAUCCAUCUUUUCUUGGCCAGAGAAAGUCACAAAGGGAUCCUAGGUUAAGGGAGUGAGGAAUCAGGGCUGGGGAUGUAGGUGGCUGGGUAGAGUGCUUACCUUCCGUACAUAAAGUCAUGGAUUCAAUCCCUGGCACCACAUAAAACCAAACAUGGCAGUGCACACCUGUAAUCCCAGACAUUGGG